UUGGUCAAUCAGUUGGACGAUCAGUUGGACGAUCAGUUGGACGAUCAGUUGGACGAUCAGUUGGUCGAUCAGUUGGUCGAUCAGUUGGACGAUCAGUUGGUCGAUCAGUUGGUCGAUCAGUUGGUCGAUCAGUUGGUCGAUCAGUUGGUCGAUCAGUUGGACGAUCAGUUGGACGAUCAGUUGCCCAACCAGUUGCCCGACUAG